GGCCGACAGAUAGCGCUGCGGUUUAUUGACGUUUGACACCUGAUCAAAAUCCCCUAGAUGCGCCCCAUAACCUCAAACCUCCGCGCAGAGUGUGCAAGUAUUUCGAAUCUAUGCACGAAAAUGAAUCUUCUCGAUGGACUUUUUCGGAAAUUCCACGACCACGACCACUACGGAAUCACCAGAACCGGACCAGCAUCGUGAUUACAAGUUCCUCAUCGUCCCCUUGGUAGUGGUGUUUGUCAUUUUGGUCUUGUCAGCCCUCGUGUAUCUAAUGGCGCGGCGGAAACGGCGACUUGACGUCCUAAGACACAGCCUAAUGGUAUUGUAUGAGUUUGACUCAAAUGAACAGGAGUGGGAGUCUUUGAACAGCUACGAUAAUCCCAACUAUACCGAAAUUAAUAACACUGCUGUCUAGACAAAUUUAUUUAUUUAUUUCAUUCAUUGUACAGUAUUAAUCGCUAUCAUAAUCGCUGCUAAUACAGUAUUUUUUAAACGUA